AUGGCGAUGGGGUUGCUGUGCGGGCGCAGAGAGCUUGGGCGCCUGCUACGGGCCCAGCGUCAGUUCCAUCAUAUCGGAGGGCUGUCCCCAGGCACGAGACAGAACCACAGGCACCCCCAUCAUGCCCUCCUUACAGUUCUCGGUGCCCCCCGCUGCCUCAGCACCUCGGUGAUUUGGUUUGCAGAAGCUCAGGUUCAGGCCCCUCCGGUCAUUCCUGCAACUCCCUUGCCCACAGCAGUAACAGAGGUGGCUUCUGGAGACCCUGCAGAUGUAGUCCAAGCUGCUGCUGAGCAGACCUUCGCUGAACUGGGACUGGGCUCAUAUACCCCAGUGGGACUGAUCCAAAACUUACUGGAGACUAUGCAUGUUAACCUGGGCCUACCCUGGUGGGGAGCCAUUGCUGCAUGUACAGUCCUUGCCCGUUGCCUGGUGUUUCCUCUCAUCGUGAAGGGCCAACGAGAGGCAGCCAAGAUCCACAACCACUUGCCAGAGCUGCAGAAGUAUUCCAAUCGAAUGAGAGAAGCCAAGUUGACGGGGGACCAUAACGAGUUUUACAAGGUCUCCUCAGAGAUGAUGCUUUACCAGAAGAAGCAUGAUGUCAAACUUAUGAGACCUCUCAUUCUACCUAUAACUCAGGCCCCAAUCUUCAUUUCCUUCUUCAUUGCCUUGAGAGAAAUGGCCAACCUUCCUGUGCCCAGCCUGAAGACUGGUGGCCUUUUGUGGUUCCAGGAUCUCACAUUGUCUGACCCCACAUACAUACUGCCAGUGAUAGUCACUGCCACAAUGUGGGGUGUCCUUGAGUUAGGUGCUGAGACGGGCAUGCAAAGUUCUGACAUUCAAUGGAUGAGAAAUUUUAUCAGAGUGAUGCCCCUGGCAGUCUUGCCCAUAACUAUCCACUUCCCCACGGCAGUGUUCGUGUAUUGGUUCUUCUCCAAUAUGUUCUCCCUGACCCAAGUGGCUUGUCUACGGAUCCCAGCUGUACGCACUGUACUGAAAAUUCCCCAGCGCGUGGUGCAUGACCCUGACAAAUUAGCUCCACGGGAGGGCUUUAUUACAAGUUUCAAGAAAGGCUGGAAAAAUGCUGAACUGACCCAUCAGCUACAGGAACGUGAGCGGCGCUUGCAAAAUCACUUGGAACUUGCAGCUAGGGGUCCCUUACAACAAACCUACACCCACAACCCACUGCUCCAGAAUGAAAAGAAUCACCCACCCAGCACCUCAAACAGCAGCACCAAACCAAAGUCUAAAAGGCCCUGGAAAGACACUCUUGGCUGAAUUCUAUUCCAGCUCAGAUUGGCAAGGAGUUCUCUUCAAAGACUCAACCUCAAAGCAGAUUUGAUGCCGUGUCCUUAUCCCAGAUGUAGAAACUGAAAGAUGCAGAAAUGUUUCUCUUAAAAGUGGAUUUCACUACAGACUCUUACACCAGGGUAUGAGAGAACACUGGGGAGCUGAAGGGUCCUCUCAUCUAUGAAACAGUAAUACUCUGUACCAUGUACUGCUUCUAGAGAUAUACAUAUUAAACAGGGAACUUGAUUGUGUGCUUCCUAAGGGUGGAGUUGGGUUGGUGACUGUUCUUGCUGGCCUUGCUCUUAGGAAGAGUCUCAGUGAUGUCACCUGCAUUGGGAGCUUAAACCUCCCCCACCCCAGAAGUGUUGUCCCGUCCAUGUUUGCAGAGAAGGAUGACCAAUACGUUGAGAUUCUUCCUAAAGAGAGUAACCACGUUUGUUUAUCCAAAGGUUACCUAUUAAAUAUCCUUCAAGGACUUACUCAAAU